GCUUGUGUGUGAGAGUUCAGUGUUAUCACAUUUCCGCUUAUCAUAUUCGUUACAAUGAGUCGUUUUGCUUCUCUUCUAAGGAGGACUUUUGGUGUAAUGAAAGAACAUGUCGGAACAGAUCAUUUAGGAAAUAAAUACUAUUACAUACCCGAACAGAAGACAUGGACAGGCCGUGCUGUUCGGGCUCGGCGGUUUGUGGAGGCAUCCAAUCCCUCAGAGUUUGAGUACCUCGAAGGAAGCAUUCCCUCUGAAUGGGAUGCUUGGAUUAGAGGACGACGCAAGGAUCCUCCUACUGUCGAGGAGUUGCUAAAGAAUGAACGUUACAGAGAACAAAUCAAAGUCAAAGCACAGGAGGCUGGAGAGAAGGACCGAGAACUGCAAGCCAAAGAGCUCGCAGAGGGACUAAUAACACAGCCGAUGCAGACUCAGGUCAAAGGUCACGCUGCUGCCACACAGUUCGGGCAGUCAGAAAUCAGCGAGGAGCCUGUGAGCACUGCGAACACGUUCCAGCCCGGAUCCUGGGCUCCUCCGAAAAAAUAACACUGUCUCAAAGUUUAUUGUCAGUCGGGUCCCGGACUUUCAAAGGCCAAGCGUGAAAGAACGAAACGUUAAUGUGAAUGUAAUGCUGCCGUGCUUUCAGUGGAUCUUUCCAGAUUUUAUAAAGAUC